AUGUCCGUCUUUCUCCGCGACGCGCUCAGGGCCCGAGCCCAGACAGCAUCGGGAAGCAGCACUGGCAGCCGGGGAAUCGAGUCAUCUGCUCGCGGGGCGCGCUCUGCCAGCCAGUCCCGCGAGUCGGCAAAAUCGACUACUCAGCGGUCACUUCACUCUGUUGGCUUGACACUGGCAUCUGCUUUUUCUGCGAAUGGGAAGAAGAAGAAGCGCAGGAGACCGCCUGUGUCGCAAUUGGGUGUUCCGGUAUUUUAUGUCCGUGACCCGCUUGCUGCGCGUAUGUUGGAGGGGGUAGACAGCCUUCCACCAGACGAGUAUGGGUUUGAUGGCACGGCGCACGCAAAGUGCUUGAAGGACAGACAUGGGAAGCCUUGGAUAUCUCUUGUCCUGUGGAGUCACGCUGGGGCGCGAGCUGCCGUGCCGCUGUACUACGAGAACGAGCAGAUACGUGGAGAGCUGCGCAUACAUUUCGACCGUCUAGAAUCACUCAGCGAAGUCUCAGUCUGGCUGCAAGGCACAGUGUACGAACGCGGUGCACACCGGCCCCAGAUUCUCUCGCAGCAAGCAUGUGUGUGGCCACCGCAUGGAAAGCCGCAAUCACUGUUCUCCCGCAAGUUGAGACUGAAAGGAACGCAUGUAUGGCCGAUCACGUUCCAGCUCCCACCCGACGUGGCUGUCUUCUCCGAACUUGCCCAGGCCGCCAGCGGAAAGGUAGGCAUACAGCACCCGGCUACGUUUGGCCCGGGAGACGCCAUACCUUUCAAGCUGAUGCUCAGUUCCUCCAGCCCAGAGUUCGUGGAUGUCAUCACAACGCGAUACUUUGUCAGAGCGGAACUAGCCCGCACCGUCAUCGUCGGCGACGGAGUCCUGGAUGCCUCGUAUAGUAACCACGACCGGUCACUGUAUCCGUUGUUCCAGGGUGACCUGUGGCGCGAGGGUGACCCUUCCACGGGCCGUGAGUCGACAUCAACCCCUUCACUGGAGGAAGACGUGGACUUUUCAUCGCCCGUGAUCCGGGAACUGCCGCGGCCGAAGGCCAAGCAGCCGCAGGCAGAGAGGCGGCCUGAUAUUCGGCAGAGACGUACCUCGGCUGGCUCAUCUUCUGCCACAUCGGUGUCAGAGAAUGAUAAUGUCGGCGCUGGCAGUGCGAAGGUCGUGAGGAUGGAAGGUCGGAUCCAGCUCCCUACGGGGAGAAUGAUGAAACCGAGCUUCCGCUUCAACGGCGUGGCGAUUGAGUACCUCAUCGUAGUAACGUUUACUCCCCCGGACUAUACACACAUCUCCCCCCGUGGGGUGUUCCAGGCUGAAUGCCCAGUCUGGCUCUGCAGCGAUUGGCGAAACUAUCAAGCCCCGCGUGCGGCCGGUCGGCCGGGGGGUACCGUGCUAGGGGAAACGAUAGACGUGAGCGGGCGAGUGACUAGGGAGGCAGAAGUCGUCGGCCUUAGACCUGCGAGGGAGAGGCGGACUCGCUAUUGA